GGAGGAGGAGGAGGAGGAGUGGAGUUUGGAUGCUUCGGUCGAGCUCGGCUGCCACUACUCACUCGAAUUCAGCACAAGUUCUCGGACCAAGUUUCACUGGAGAAGUGGUGGAAUAGCUGGAAGAGGAAUGGAGCUGUCGGGAGCCCGGUUCUGCUGUGUGCUGUUGAGCCUGUUCGCAGGUCUGGCCUCUGGUCUCGAGAUUACAUCUACGAGCCCGACAUCUAUGGAGAAGGCCAGUGGUCAGAGUGUGAAGCUGGACUGCCAGUUCUCUCUGGCCCCUGAAGAUUCUGGACCACUGGAUAUUGAAUGGAGCUUGUUGUCGUCUGACAACCAGAAAGAGGACAAAGUGGUGAUCCUGUACUCUGGUGACAGGGCCUACGAGGACUACUAUGAACCCAUGAAGGGUAGAGUCCACUUCAACUCAGCCGACCCCAAGAACGGCGAUGCCUCCAUCAACCUGACAGGGCUGAAGUCGUCGGACUCUGGCACCUACCAGUGCAAGGUGAAGAAGGCUCCUGGGAUCCGCAGCAGGAAGCUGCUGCUGAUUGUCAUGGUGAAGCCAUCAAAGCCCAGGUGCUACACGGAAGGCCCUGCACAGGAAGGCAAAGACGUUAUGCUGAGGUGCAUAUCUAGCGAGGGCACCAACCCCCUGAAAUACACCUGGGAGAAGACCAGUGACAACAAGCUCCUGCCCGCCUCCGCUGUGUUGGAUCCUGUGGGAGGUUCCAUUAACGUGAGGAACGCAUCUGCCAGUGCAUCUGGCACCUACCGCUGCACUGCCAGCAACCGUGUUGGCACUGAGGAAUGUACACUGUAUCUCAAUGUGACACCUCCUCCCAACACUGCCGGCAUCGUUGCAGCAGCCAUAAUCACCGUUCUCCUGAUCCUCAUCAUUAUUGCCAUCAUCCUCUUCUGCUGCUGCCGUGCCCGACACAGGAAGAAGUACGAGAAGGAAAUCUGCAAUGAGAUUAGAGAGGACGUGCCCCCUCCUAAGAGUCGCGUUUCAACGGCGCGCAGCUUCACCGUGGGCAGCCAGCGUUCGUCCCUGGGCUCCAUGUCGCCUUCCAACCUGCACGAGUACGCCCUGAAGCCCCAGUACGACAAGAUUCCCUCAUCAGAGGACUUUGAGAGACCUCCGAGCCAUGCCCCUCUGCCCCCACCCAAUGCUGUCAAGAUGGCUGGCCCCAACCUCAGCCGCAUGGGGGGCAUCCCCGUCAUGAUCCCUGCCCAGAACAGGGACGGCUCAAUCGUCUAGCCUGUCCUCUACUCGAGAGGAGAUCAUGCAACAAGGGGAGGGAACGGAGGAAGGGAGUAGGACACAAGCCAAUGAAGAUGAAGAUGGAGGAAGAGCUGGGAUAGGCUGACUCGCCUGACUUUUAGCUCCUCAUUAUUUACAAAUGGGAGUAUACUCCUCUUACGAAGACCUGGCUCUGCUGUGGUGCUGAGAAGAGAAAUUGAGUUGUACUGGAAUCACAACAGAGCACAUUACAUUUUUAUCAAAUACAAAUA